AUGUCAAUCCUUCAAACUAAACUCAGGCUAUCAGUAAAACACUCUAAGGUUUUUGCCUCUCAACCUAGCAGUCGCUCUUUUCUUUCCAUCUCCAUGGACAAUAAGAGGAAGAGGCUCGAGGAGUUGGAUUCGAAGCCAGAGUUAGAGGAUUCAGAUGACUUAGGAAAGCCUAAGGACGUUGAAACAACUCGGGACCAUUCAGUGAUAGAGUUGAAUGAUUCAGAGGCCUUAGAAAGUGAUCGAGAUGAAAUGACUGCCAUGAAUAAGCGGGAGUCCAUUUUCGUAAAGGGAUUCAGCUGUUCCCCGCCUAGGGAUAAAAUCAAGAGGGCAUUGAAAAAACACUUCAGUUCUUGUGGACCGGUCACAGGGAUCUUUGUUCCCUUUCAUUGUAAAACCGGUUCUCCCUUGGGAUAUGCUUUCAUUAAUAUGGGACAAGAGGCAGAGAAGGCGUUAAAACUCGAUGGAAGUUGCUUGGGAGGGGAGAAUACUUUUUGUUACGAUGGCAAUAAAGAGAGACGAAUACAUAGGCUAUGA